GUAUGGGUGGGCGCCAAAGGAUCGCCUACGGGAUCAACUCUAAAUGACCUGUACAACCUGCUGAAUGACUUCCAGCCUGUGGAGGUGCACAACCGCGAGUGGGGAGGCAAGGGCUACGCCAUCGUGAAAACAAACUCAAUCGAGAAGGCGUGGGACUUGUUCAACUACUUGAAGAUCCUGGGGUGGAACCUCGGCAAACUUGGAUGCCCCACCCAAGAAUGUCGAGGAGCAGUGGUUCGAUGCCCACCCCUGCAGGCUGUGGAAGGAUAUCCAUGGAACUCACAGCGACUGCAGGUGAAGAUCGAAAAGCAUGACCAGAAGCCCAUGGAAAGUCAUGAAGAGCAAGCACUACCUGUACAACCUGCUGCGGAUGGAGGCAAGGAAACCGACCAGCAGGAGACUGAUGCAGCAGACCAGGAUGGCAACGCAAACAAGGACGACCAGGACGACAAGGACGACAAGGACGCGGACACGGAUGAGAGGGCCUUGGAGGAUAAGGAUAAGGAGGAUGUGGAAGCAGAGCAAAAGGGUGAUGAACAACGCGGUCACAAGCGAAAUCUCGGU